GAGAUUCAUUUGACAACUUCUUUAGAUGUUGCAAGAUUUCUCAUAAUGCAAGGGGAUGCUUUCCGUGGACAUGAUGAGUCUUCUACUUCGCUUAACAAGGGUACAUUUAGAUAAAUGGUUGAUUGGUACAAAGAUAAGGUUGAGAUAGUGAAGGCGGCAUAUGAAAAAGGUUACAAAAAUUGCCAAAUGUUAUCUCCUUAUGUGCAGAAAGAUCUUACAAAAGCUUGUGCAGAGGAAGUCAUGAGUGUCAUUAUGGAUGAGAUUCGUGGUAGAAAAUUCUCAGUGCUUAUUGAUGAGUCUCGAGAUGUAUCAAUAAAGGAGCAAAUGGCAGUGAUUCUAAGGUUUGUGAAUGAUGAAGGAAAAGUGAUGGAGAGAUUUCUUGGACUUCAGCAUGUUGAGAGUUGUACAGCUAUUGCAUUGAAAGAAGCUUUGGUCCGUAUGCUUUCAAGUCGUAAGUUAUCAAUCUCUAUGCUUCGUGGGCAAGGGUAUGAUGGAGCUUCUAAUAUGAGAGGUGAAUUUAAUGGGGUGCAGAAAUUGAUUCGCGAUGAGAAUCCUUAUGCUUUCUAUGUGCAUUGUUUUGCCCAUCAAUUGCAACUAGUGGUUGUUUCUGUCUCAACUUCUAGUGCAGAUAUUGCAGAUUUCUUUAACUAUGUUCCUUUAAUAGUCAACACUGUGGGUGCAUCUUGUAUGAGAAAGGAUGUUUUGCUUGCAAAGCAUCAUGAUGUGUUGCUAGAAAAGAUUGAGAAUGGUGAGAUUAUGACCGGAAGAGGUUUAAACCAGGAAAGUGGUCUAGCUAGACCUGGAGACACCAGAUGGGGUUCACAUCUUAAAACUUUGCUUCGCAUUUUGGUGAUGUGGGAGGCUAUCAUAGAUGUCUUUGAGAUAGUCAAGAAAGAUUCUGUUAAACCAGCAUGUACUGGAGGAGCUUUAGGUUUAAUUGGAAAAAUGGAGAGCUUUGAUUUUGUGUUCAUCAUGCAUUUGAUGAUAGAAUUGUUGGGCAUGACAGAUAUUUUGUCACGUGCUUUGCAAAGGAAAGACCAAGACAUAGUUGAAGCUAUGCAUUUGAUAACGGAUGUGAAAGAUAGUUUGCAGGAUUUAAGAGAAAAUGGAUGGGAGCCAUUACUUAAAAAAGUGAAAACUUUCUGUGAGAAGAAUGAGAUUGAAGUGCCAGAUAUGGAUGAGGAAAUAAAUAUCAGAGGGACAUCUAGACGUAGGAAGCAAAAGUGGCAACUGCUUCAGUAGAGAGGAUAUUUUCAGCCAUGUCCCUUAUAAAGACAGAUUUG